GAACUAGUUGGUUUUUCAAGUAACACUCACUAGAUUACUCUUCUUUCUUUCUUGUCCAUGCUCCAAAAAAUGGCUUCAAAAUCCAUUCUUCUUCUAGCCAUUUUUCUUGUGGUGGCCACUAAGGUUUAUUCGUAUGAGGAAGAUCUCAAAAUAGUGGUGAACUAUGCAAACCCUUCAGCUCCUUCUGUUCUAGCUCCACCAGUAAAACCAUCACCAACACCUGUAGUGACGGCUCCAACACCGCCUUCUCCGGUGAAGACACCGCCAACAACUCCACCACCUUUGAAUGCUCCUCUUUCUCCCCCAUUGUCAAAAACACCUUAUCAAACACCACCUAUUGUGAAACCACCUUCACCACUACCAGUCACAGCACCCACUCAGCCACCAACUUCUCAGCCCCCUGUUGCCAAAACUCCACUGGCACCACCUACUCCAUUCGUCAAAUCAUUGAGGGAUUGUAUUCCACUAUGUGGCUAUAGGUGCCAAUUACAUUCAAGGAAGAACUUAUGCUUGAGAGCAUGCGUAACAUGUUGUAACCGUUGCAGAUGUGUCCCUCCAGGAACCUAUGGCAACAGAGAAAAAUGUGGCAAAUGCUACACUGAUAUGUUGACUCGUGGCAACAGAUACAAGUGUCCGUAGAUACACAAAUUUAUACACAUAUAAUUAUGAGUAAAAAAAUAUGUAAUAGCAGGGAUUAAGGUUUUAAAUUGCUGGUUAAUUGAAUAUUAAUUUAGUUACCAGCAUUACACUAUGCAAGUUAAGUUAAUUAAUUACUAGUAUGCUAUAUAUGUAAUCUAUCAUGUAUGUGGUCUUUGUGGUCCAGAAAUUUAUAUUGAAAUUAAGUGGUACUAUUAACAUGGAAUUAUGAAAGUAUAUUUUGUUGUUGAAAAAUUAAUACUAUGAAGUUAUGAUCUUGAUUAA